CGGGACUUUGUUCCGCUAGCAGGACCAAAUGUUUUUGUUUUCGUGUGGGAUGGAAGGGAGCUGACAGGUCCACGUCGAUAGAUAAGACGACAAACGUUUCUCAGUGACCUUGUAUCAGCCUACUCGAAGACAAAGCUAUGGGGAAUACAAGCAGUGAGAGGGCUGCAAUGGGCCAGGGGGAGAAGGCUCAGCGGAGGGACAGUCGAGGUAUCAAAGAGGGAGAGAGGCCAAAAAUCCUAAUGGAUAGCCCAGAGGAUGCUGAUAUUUUUCACGGAGAAGACAUAAAGGCACCUUUAGAGAAAGAGGAGUUCCUUGCUUGGCAGCAGGACUUAGAAACUGAUGACAAAGCACUGACUCUGGAACGACCAACAGUCUUUCGCUGGAAAGGAGAUGGGAAGGAGGUCUACCUUUCUGGAUCCUUCAACAACUGGGCCAACAAGAUUCCUCUUAUUAGAAGUCAGAACACCUUUGUGGCAAUUGUUGAUCUACCUGAGGGGGAGCAUCAGUACAAAUUUUAUGUGGAUGGCCAGUGGACCCACGACCCAGCUGAGCCUGUUGUAACCAGCCAGCUAGGCACAGUCAACAAUAUCAUUCAGGUGAAGAAGACUGACUUUGAGGUUUUUGAUGCACUUAUGGUGGAUUCACAGAAAUGCUCUGACAUGUCAGACCUCUCCAGCUCUCCUCCCGGGCCAUAUCAUCAGGACGCUUAUGUCCCUAAACAGGAAGAAAAGUUCAAAUCUCCACCCAUACUUCCACCUCACCUCCUACAAGUCAUCCUUAACAAAGACACUGGAAUUUCUUGCGACCCUGCACUGCUCCCAGAACCCAAUCACGUCAUGCUCAACCACCUCUAUGCUCUUUCCAUUAAGGAUGGAGUGAUGGUACUCAGCGCGACACAUCGCUAUAAGAAGAAGUAUGUCACCACCUUACUUUACAAGCCCAUCUGACCGAAGCCUUCUUUUCUGAAUUUGGAGCAGUUAUUAAUUGUACACUGAGUGUACAAAAUGUUAGCUACACAUUAUUUUCUUUUUCUUUUUUAGACACUAGGUGAAGCUACUCUCGUAUUCCUCACAGGUUUCACUAGUUAAAUCCAUUCUGACUUGAAGAAGCAGCUCGGAAUAAGCACGAGGGAACAAAUUAAAUUUGUUGAUUUGAUUUCCAGAAAAAAAAAGAAUUGGACUGAGAGGUCUAGUAAAUGCUUUACAGUAAUACACUAAAAGCAAUACAUAAAACAACAUUAAAUGAUUCAGUUGGACAGCCACUUACAGGAAAACAGACAGAAAAGAGUCAUUUUAAAGGAAGCCUGCUGUAAAAGAUCAUUUAAGUGAUGACACUACUUUUCCCAUCUGGUACAUCACAGCUGAUAUUUGUGUCAUAUGUCAGUGCAACUAAUUAAUAGCUGGAUUGGUUUGGUGGGUAAAUGGGAUCAGUCUGUUCACUUUAGCUCUGUGUUACUUGUGUUUACUGCAUCAGACAUAUGUAAUAUAUAACAUAGACUUUAGUAAUUACAUAGGAAAUUGUGGUUUUUGGACGUCCUCUAAAGGAUACCCUGCUUUAUCCCGAGUUUUACUCGUAAAUGUGGCUGUGGUUUCUAAAAUGAACAUAAUCCAGUAUGACAUAAGGUGACUGAGAGCAUAAACUCAUUUGGAAAGUGUUUAUGGCGGUCAUAAAUCAAUAGAAAAGUAGUCGUUUUUACUAAUAGACCUCUAUAAAAUCUGACUUCUUUUUGCAACCAGUGGGCUUUUCCCCUGUUGGAAAGAAUGGAGAUUUACAGCACUACUGCUUUUAGUAUAAAGUCUUUGGCCAGCAGCACCCAUAAGUUUCAUUUUGAUAGAGCGAGAACUAACAAAGCAUGCAGGGAGCCAGCAGUAAAGGGUAAGUGGAGGCAUUUCAUGCUUCCUAAGCCAGUAAGUUUGGUUGGUUUGUUUGUUUGCAGUGCUUUGUGGUUCAGUUGUGAUUUGGUCAAGUAAGCUGAUGACAGAAAAGUGCAGUUGGCGGUGCUGUCUCUGCCAGCUCAUCUCAUUUUGCAUUUUGUUUGUUAGUAUCUUUUGCUGCAAAGCUUUUAUUGCACUUAUAGACUAUUUAAAAGUUGCUUUCUACUUAAUUAAAGAGAAAAACAGUAGGUUAUGUCACAGUUUGCUGAAAUGAAGGAAAUUAGGUAAACAGCAUACACUGUUUUCUUAUUUUUUUAAUUUAUUUCUUAAUAUUAUAACUGUUAGUUUAUUAAAUAAGCUUGAAUACCAAUUCAUUUCCAGUUUAUGUAUGCAUACUAUAUACUACUAAACUAUUUGGUGUGAGUUUGACUCCAGCCCUCAGAGGGUUGAUGAGUUUGGUUUCCCCUGACUGUUGUUAGGUCAUUUUGUUCUCAACAAAUACACAAUGUAUGUCAGUAGAGAUUUUUGACUUGAAUAUUUCAUUCAUCAAGAUCUAAUGUGUAAUUUAAUUGUGCCCUUAUAUAUUUGUUAAAUUUUGUUUUGCGAAGUUAGGAAAGGAAUAAUUGAGGCAAGUGCGCAUUAAUUGGUACUGUCUGAUACCCAAAAUGAGGGUGUCCAUAUCUGUAUUUUGAUUGAAAAUGCUAGAUUCUAGUAACCUGCAUGAGAUUAACCUUAAGCUCUGUGAUUAUCCACACUUUUUGUAUAUCCAGUUGUUGUGCACAUCUGUUUAGUAUGGUAAAUGUCGCUCCAUUGCCACUUAAUCGGCCUUUCUUUGUUCCUGAGACUGCCCUUUGUAGUUUUCAACAUUAUCUUAGCAGAAUUACAGAGGCAGUAAUAAUGGGGUAGAACACUAACGUGUUUGUAAUUAAAAUAGAUAAAAACACAAGGACACGUAAUGAUUACUAAUGCUGAGAAAACCUGACUGAAAGACCUCAGAUAAGUACGUGCUGUACAGCAGUGCAAUGAAGAAUGUGAAUGGUGAGGUCAAAGAAAGACAAAAGGCACUGGAGGAGUUCAUAACUGUUUAGCUAUUUAUGUUGAAAUUAUUUAUUUAGUGAUGAUUAAACUAAACACAGUCAAUAUUUUAUAUUAAGCAUUCACCAAUAUAUCUUUUUUUUUUCCUAAAUUUUUUUUAUUUGUUUUUUUCUGAAAACUGGUCUUAGUUGUAGCUGUGACCAUUCCAGUCAAAACUUAGACAAGAGUAAAAACAGAAAAUAAAUUGUUAAUGUAAGACACGUACUCCUAAAGCACAACAACGUUUGCUUAUUUUUCUAGACAUCUGUCUAGAUUUAUAUGUAACAUUGCUCAUGUAACAUAUAUUCUCGACUUUUAUUGAUGUAUUUUAUCAAGAGUGACACCGGAUAGCUCCUCUCUACUGGUUUAGUUGAUGCGUCAUAGAGCACUGCGAAUCUUCAGAAGCAGCGCCUGUUUCUGUCAUAUAAUAUUUCAGAUUGUUUUAUUUAAACAGGAACGAGCAUGUUUGACAAAGACAAAUGAGUAGAUAAGACAGUCAAACAUAACACUGAUGAGGGGGAAGAGCAGGAGGUGGGAUGAGAAACUGGUACUGCUUCCAAAGGUCUCUGUUAUACUAUGUAAGAUUUUCUGCUGUUUAUAAUCUGUUGAUUUCAUAAGAUCUGAAGAAUUUAAAUAUUUUUAAAGCCGUAUGACUUGAACCAGCAUCAAUUAAUCAUUUUAUUAUUUUUUAUGUAUGCAUGAUUUCCAUAAAGAAAUGAUUAUUUUUAUUCUGCCCUGUAGGCCAGUAGAGGCUGAGGUCAUGUUUGUUUGUGUUAAUUCUACUUUGAGAAUUAGCAUGACAUUGGGAUGCUAACAUGCUAGACAUGCAAAUCUAUGUCAUGUAGUCAUUAUAAUCAUUGCAAGUUGCAAACCUUUGAACCACAUUUUGUCAUUCUGAAACACAUUUGUAUUAAAGAAUAUGUUAAAAAAUUGAUAUACUGUUUAAUUUAUAAUCAGAUUGUAGCCUUUUUGAUCAUUAGAGCUGAACCUUCAGUAACUGACUGACCUUUGCGCUCAUGAGUCAUUAUUUAUAAAUUAUUGCCUCCCAGUCAUUUUAGGGUCCCUGAAGAAUUUCUGAAAGCAUUUUGUCAUUUUCAGAGGACACCUCCUGCAUAGGAAAUGAUACUAAAAGCAGCAGGAAUUGUGAAUCAAAAUAAAUAGUUUUAUGCCUUUUGUAAACUAUCUUUUUUGCAUCCAUACAUGUUUUAGGUUUUCAUACUAAUUAUUAUAUUCAUUAACAUCCAACCUCUAAAUAUAUCCUAAAUAUCCCAUAUGCCCCCUCUUCAAGAAAGAACUUUCACUGUUAGUAAUUCAGGAACAUGCUGUAGAAACUUUCUCCUCUACAGAUUGUUCAGUUUAAGCACUUUGCACCCAAACUGAGUAAUCUGUGCAACAUAAAAAAAGUGACUGUGAAAUGUGUCAUUUAUCUGUCAUGUUUUAUUUUAUUUCUCUGUUUUGUUUUUUGUUGAACUUCACAUUGUUGCAGAAUAAUUUAAAAAGUGUGUCUAAUAAAUAAGCAUUUUACAUCGG